CCGAUUUGGAGAGAAGUUCCUCUUCGUCUCGAUCUGAAGGUAUGUUAAAGCUUCUCUUUACAUCACCGCUACAUACAGAGCUUCUUUGUCUCAUUUUGAUUCAGCGUCUAGAAUCUUAUUUCCAAAGCCACGCCCAGUGGAGCCGUUUAAUGUAAAGCAUUAAUUAUGUAAAGCAAGACAAACACACACCCAUGUGAAGACCUUUUGAUAUUAAAAAUAUACAUUUAAACAAACUUGGCCAAAAUGAAACGAAUAGCGAUCCAUAGCCUCCAUUCCCGUCCUGUUGUGUGAUCUGCGACGUGUGUGUGUGUGUGUGUGUGUGUUAGUAAGGUGUAGGCUAUCUCUGCACUUAGCCUCAAGCCUGACAGUGACGACUACACACUGUUGUCCUUUCGACUUCGCUCGGCUCUUAAAGUACUCUGUAAAAAGUUAAAUGUUGACCUAGGUGUUUAGAGGACAUGUCUCACAGGUAGUUGGCCACAUUUGCCCUUGACGUUUCCUCCAACUACGAAUUAAUCGCCUCUCUGCCAUCGUUCUCUAUAACGCAUGAUUAAGCAGUGUUUGUGGAUAGUCUGCUUUUUAAAGACGCGUGUAAUGUAGAGACAUGAAGGCCUGUUGUGUACUCCAAACUGCUUACACUUACACUUACAAUAAACAGAAUGGCAAAAUACAAUGCCACUUCCUGUUGCACAGGCAUUAGCUGCACCUUAGACUACACUCUAUUAAAACACUUUUUAUAUAUAUAGGUUAAGAUUAGAUUAAGAAAGUAUAAUGUCUUAUGGUGAAGUGCAUUUAUGUAAGAAGAAAGGAAUCUUCCUGGGAUUUUUUUAAUGUUAUUAAUGAGACUUUGUUUGGUAUCUAACCUCAGGUUUACUAUAAUAGGCAGAAUAUUGGUGAGGGAGGCAGGGAGUCCUCAAUUGUCAAGUGGCAGAGGCUGUUCGGGUAUACAUUAGAUUAUACUAGGAGCAGGUUAAAACUGAUAGUUUAUCAGUUUAUGGUGAUUUAUAAUCAGUGUUGGGUGUCACAGUACUUGAAUUACUCGUUAUAUCUUUUUUGAUGUAACGAGUAAUCUAACGCAUUAGGUCCGUCAUUUAAGUACUCAGUCAUUUAGUUAUUUUUUCAAAAAUGUAAUUCGUUAUUCAGAAAAUGUAUGUAAUCUGUGAACCAGACAGCAGUGAUCCCAAUCCGUUAGUGUGUGUGAAAGUCGUCCUACAAGCCCCGCCCCUGAUAACUUAAACUAGUUACUUUUAUCAAAAAGUAACGCUGAAAUGUAACUGAUGACUUUUUAAAGACAGUAAUUUUGUAGUGUAAUUAUUUACUUUAAAAAGUAACAUCCCCCAACACUGUUUAUAAUAAUAAUUGUUAUAAUAAUAAUAAUAAUAAUAAUGGUUAGCACUGUGGCCUCGCACCUCCAGGGUUGAGGGUUUGAUUCCCACCUCAGGUCCGUGUGUGCAGAGUUUGCAUGUUCUACCUGUGGUUUUCCUUCGAGUUUUCUCUCACAGUCCAAAGACAUGCAGAUUUAGCUAAUUGGAGUUCCUUAAUUGCCCAUAGUGUGCAUGUGCUUGUGUGAUAAAUUGGCACCCUCUCUAGGGUGUACCCUGCCUCUUGGCCUACAGUAAGUCUCUUGGACUCAGUCUCCUACGACUCUGUACAGAAAAAGCGGUAUAGAAGAUAAUACUACUAAUAAUAAUAACAUUAUAGUAAAUAGUAGUAAUUAGGUGUUAACUAAUAGUUGCUUUCGUGUAAGAUUAUAUAAAACUAUAACAAGAAAAGUUUAAAAACUUGCCAGUGUUUACAGUAGGUCAUUGCUGGACUCUGGAAAUUAUUAAUUGGUUAGCAGCUGGAUGAUGUCCAGGUCCAAAUAGAUUCAAUCAUGUGUGGAAUCACUGAGACAUGCCUAAAUGCAAAAUGUGAUUGCUCCUUUUCAAGGUCAUUAUAUUUUGCUGCUUUUAAAUUAUUUCUUGGUACAGUAACAGAGUCAGUCUUGUUUGGCCAUAGUCCUCGUCAAUGCAUUACAAUGAACCGAAUGCUUAUAAUGUACAUACUAAUUUAAAACAAACUGUUAAAUGGAGUGCACAUUUCCUACAUUAUAUCAUUGCAUUGACUGAAGGGGUUACUCAAAUAAGACUAAAAAAUAAAAAUCUAAAGAAGAACUGCUUAAACAGAGAGGGUAUGAUUUGUGGAUGGUAAGACAUAACUUUUGUUAUGUCCUGUCGUAGGUAAAAGUUGUGCUGUAGUCAGAUAAUUGUUUCUCCCAAAUAGUUCAUCUAUGAGGGCAUUUCUAGGCAUUUAGGGUAGAUAUGACAGUUAUUUCGAGACUUUUACCCUUUUUAAUUCUUAAUUAAAUAAGGAAAUGUAAUUCUCCUAUCAUAUGCAGUAUUUAAUUUUUAUUUAACAGUAUUUUUGAUUGCCCAAGACUAUUUAGCUGUUACAUUUGAAGUCCUUUGCUAAGAAAACCUGCCCAGAAAAUUUAGUUUUUUUCUAAACACUGUCUAUCAUUGUCCUUUUCACUUUCACUUUCUAGUAAUUUCUCCUCUGGUAAAAGGCAGUGGUUGCAUGAUAUAAUACCAGAAAUCCAAACUUAUUAGACCAUUACAGCAUUGAUGUAGAACAAGAAAUGGGGAUUUUUUUUAUUUUUAUUUUUAAUUAACCUAAGGAUUCUGUUCUUCUUUUUAUCAGUGCUGUUUGUGAUUUUUUUUGUCUUCAAGUUUAAGGCAAGUAAAGUAAAAGUAUUAUACCUACACCUUACAAAAUCUGAAACUAAAACAGUUGCAACAUUUUUUUGAAAUGUUAAUGUAAUUCAACACUUAAGCAUUAAUUCACACAUUUUCUUCUUCUUUUCUGACAGUGUGAAGAUGGCAUAUGUAGGAGAAAGGCUGUAUGAUGAGUUUAUCCGAAAAAAUAUGGCUAAUUUGGCCUCACGUGUCAAAGUGAGGGAAAUCGUACCUUACUUGGCCUGCCUCACAAAUACUGAUCGGGAGGAGAUAGAGGCUAAAAGAGAGAUUGCUGGAAACUACAAUGCUAUGACGCUGCUGCUUGAUUACCUGCGCAGACGAGAGAACUGGCCUGAUCAGUUUAUUUCAGCAUUGCGGCAAUGCGAACACCGGACUCUUGCUAAUGAGAUCAGUGACAUUUAUGACAGAAUAAGAGGAAUCCCCACUCCUGCCCCUGUCCCUGCUGCUGCUGCGUAUACUCCAGCCCCAUUUCCAGCAGAAGCUGUAGGAAUAUCUACCACCGCGACAAUCCACAAUGCCCCGACCAACCCACCCCUGCUGACUCCUUCAGUCGAUGGCCCAACUCAGACAGCUAAUCUUUCUCAUAUAAGUUCUCCUCCAAGGCAAUGUGCCAACAUAGCUGCUUCUGCCAUAGAAGCCCCAGCAUUAGUUUCAGCUCCAGAUGCUGCAGUACACGUGCCUCCUAAGUCAGCCCAACCUGCUGAACCCCCACUGUUGGUCAUAGAGUCAGGGCCACCUGGUCCAAUUUCUGCUCCUCCUCUUAUUUAUCAAAGUGAAGUUCCAGUUGGCGUUAGAGAAACAUCCAAAUUGGUUGUCUCGGGUCAUUCCGCUCCUGUAAAUUCUCUUCCUGAGUCAUGUUUUAACACAGAUUCUCCAGCCUUGGCUCCUGCCAUAGUUUCAGCCCAAGAUGCUUCAGUACAUAUUUCUCAUGGAUCAGCCCACCCUGCUGAACCCCCGCUGUUGGUGGUAGCACCACAUGCAGUGCCCCCUUCUCCAGUCUCUGCUCCUGACUUGAUCCCAUUUGUUGGGCAGAGUGUAGUCCCAGUCAGCUGCAUAGAAACGCCCACACUGGGUAUGUCAAGUGACCUAAAGUAUAUUGCUAAAUCUGGACCAACCUCAGUUGCUGUACCUACCCUUCCUAUUAAUGCAACAUCCACAUCCUCACAGACUAACAAACCUUCUACCACAUUUUCUGCUUUACCUGAAAAAAGCAAAGUUGCAGAAAGCUCCAUUUCUGUGAAACACCCCAUCCAAGACUCCAGCCCUCCAAGGAUUGUAAUUCCCCAGGAUUCACAGAACAACCAAACAAACAAUCAGGUUGUAGAGCGAGUAAACACUGCAGCUCCGCCAAACUUCCAAAUUCAGGAAACAGCCCGGGGAUCAGCACAGGCCUCACCUUCAGCAUCUCCAGAUACAACUGCUCACUGCUUGGAUAACCUGGCAGCAGAAAAUGAAGAGAAUUUUAGCAAACCUGCUGUCCUAAGAGGAGAAGAGCCCUGUUCGGUCAGUUCUGAUCUUCAGAUCAGCCAUAGGACCACAGAACACUCACCAACACAACCUGUCAGGCUUCAAGCACUGUCCAACCAAAACUGGGCUGAUGAACCUGUUGAAGGGUCUCUCUCAGUCACUACUGAUAAUCUGAUGAUCAGCUCUUCCACCACAACUGUUUCUACACAGCUUGAUUCUGGUCCUGUAGCCCCUGUUGAAAACUCUUUUCAUAGGGCACAGGGAAAUGCCUCUACAGAGGGUGAUAAUAUUUUUUGUCUUAAUCAGCCAGUGGAGGACCACUAUGAGUCUUCCAGUCAAAGCAUUCAGGCAGAGCAAGAGACUCGAGAACACCUUGUUGAAUUUUCUGAAAGGCCAUCUGUCCAAAAUCUUAGUGGUCAGCCUCCAAGCAUGGUUGGACCAAGCACAAUUGGCCUUAAACAUAAUGCUGAAACAGAGAAUCUUGUCCAGUCUGUUUCUUUAAAUGAAACUAGCCAGCACAAGCAAACACAGUGUAUACAGGAACAUAAUUCCAGUGAGCAGGUAAUUUCUGCUGUAGAGCCAGUCCCAGCUACUUAUCCAGAGUUAGAAUUAAAUAAUUCAGGCCAGAUUAACAAUCCUCGAUCAGAGCAGGGAGAAGAGUUCCAGGGAGUGUUGCACCGAUUUCGGUCUUACCCACACCUUAUUGGAGCUGCAGGUAUUGGCAUAAUUGCUGUUUUUUUGGCCUUGAGGCUAAAGCGCUAAAAUCCGAACAGCUACGUACCACCAUUGGUGCCUUGAAACCUAAGACACAAGGUUUUCACACAAGGAUGCUCUGCCUAAUUUGUUUUAUUUAUUACCGUUAUACUAUAUAAUGUCUGACCAAGUAACUAAAGAGCAUUGUGCUUAUGACGUUUAUGUGAAGAUUUAAAUCAGUGUUUAAGCCAGUAAACCUGGUAUUUAUCACAGUAAUUUCAAGCUUACUGACAGUUAGUAAUUCAGCUGCAUGUACAUGUAAUCAAGUGAAUAGGGUACUUGUGUACCACAAUUACACAUUUUAUUUCAUUCAAACACUUUCAUCUUUUAUAGUGUACUGGCUCACAACACAUUAAUUUGCUCCUUUAAUUUGUUCCUUCUGCACAUCUAAUUUUGACUAGGCAUCAUUAUAAUUAUAUGUGAAUGGUAUAAAUUGUUGAAUUAAUCUUGUCCUUACCAAAGACCCAAUGAAAACCUGUAAAGGUUAUUUUGCGAAGUAAGAAAUGUUAUUGUAUUACAAAUAUAUUUUUAAAUUGUGAUUAGCUCUUUGCACAAAAGUUUAAAGACUGAGUACAGUCUUAAAUUAAUUUGACUGUAAAUACAGUAAUGCAGGACUUUUUUCAAAGCCUUAUCAUUAUACAAGUUAAUAAUAAAGUUAUUCAACAGUAGUAUAUAAACCACUGACAUGACUUAUCUGAGGUGAGCAAAUUUGUAAAACUUUAUCAGACUAUGUUAUGUGUUUAUUUUGAAGCAUCAUGAAAUGCGAUCCCACAAUCCUCUUUAUUUAUGCUAGAUGGUCAAUUAGAAAAGGUCAUUGUAAAUGUGCAUAUUUGAUAUAUUAAUCAUGACCAAAAAAUAUGGUGUAGAGGUAAAUGUAAUAUAUUUAUUACAUUUAUUAUUAAUUCUGUAGGAUUGCUUAAAAGCCUUUCCAGACUGCCCUCUUUUAAUGAAAAUAAGAUUGUGUCUGUAUAAACUGAGUUGUCACUUUAUUUAUUUACACCUCCACUCUUGUUGCUAUUUUUUAAGAUCUAAAGGUUGUAGUUCAUUUGUUUAUUUGCACCAUCUGUCUCAAUGAAUAGUUAAUUAACACAAAGAUUUGGCCAUGUCCAUGUCCUGUUCUUAAAAACAAAACUGUUGAAUGGCAAGAGCUUAAGAUAAAUGCACAGUGAAUAAAAAGAAAAAAUAUUUUGUAAGGUUCAUAGUAGGGCUGUUCAGGAGCCAGUUAUUGUACACAGUCUUUCUCAAAUUUGUAUUGCACCAGAUGUUGCACUAUACAAAUAACAUCUGUUAUGUAGUGGUUGUAUGAUGGUCUGUGUUUAUUAAAUAAAGAGUUCAGGGUG